AAUAUUCCUGGAAAGGAAAAAGAAGCGGUCAAAUUUGCUGGAGAAAACUUCGUUCGUUAUACAGGUGAAGUAGUGCAGGCUAAUGAAGCACAAGUAUUUGCAUGGCAAGCGCGUUGUAAGGGAAUUGAUGUGCAUGCAUUGGCGGAGCCAACCAAAUUGGAAGCCAUGAAAAAAGAGUAUGAGCAACAGAAAGUAGGCGCUAAAGAUGAGCAGAAAAGCAAGUUAUUGGAAAAAUAUGGUGGAGAAGAGCAUUUGUGUGCACCUCCGAAAGAAUUGUUAUUGGCACAAACAGAAAAUUAUGUGGAAUAUAACAGGAAAGGAAAAGUGAUAAAAGGGGAAGAACGUUCAGUGAUACGAAGUCGUUAUGAAGAAGACAAGUACAUUAAUAAUCAUACUACCGUUUGGGGUUCGUAUUGGGAUUCAGGCCAGUGGGGUUAUGCUUGUUGCCACUCUUUUUUGAGAAAUUCAUACUGUAUAGGAGAAGCUGGUAAAGCUAAAAAAUCAGUCAUAACGGAAAUUGAUACUGUACCACGGAGUACAAGCACAGAUUUAUGCGUUAAGCAGGAUAACAAUGAAAUCAAAACGGAAGAUGAUUUAAAAGAAAGUAAUUCAUCUUCUGAUGACGAGUCUUCUUUAUCUUCAUCUGAUUCUGAAGUAGAUCCCGAUAUACAACUACAAAUGGAAAGAGAACGACAGUGUGAAUUACAAAGAGUUGAACGCGAUGAAAGGAGACGUAAGAAAAGGAAGGAAAAAAGAAAGCGACAAAAAGAACGUAGGGAUAAAAAGAAAAACUUAUUGAAUUCUAGUAAAAAUGGAAAUAAUGAUGAUAUAUCAGAUAAUGUUGAAGACGAACCAAAAAAGGAACUGGAGAAAGCAAUCAAAAAAGUCAACAAAGAUUGGGAAGAUGCAGAAGAGAGUAUACAGCUGGGUGAUAGGAAACGGCGCUAUAAUUCGAGUUAUUCCAUAAAUGCUCCUACAGAAGCUGAAAUGGAGGCUUAUAAAUUGACGGCAAUCCAUGCAAAUGAUCCAAUGGCUGCUUUCAUGCUCGAAAAACGGCAGAAGAAGCAUGUAAAAAAAGACUGA